AUGAAGUCAAUAAUACAAGACCAAAUCAGGCAAUUGCUGGACGCAAUUGGUUUAGAUGAAGCAAGUUUGAAAAUAUUAAUAUGUACAUUACUUUCAUAUCCAUUUGGAAUAAUAUUCAAAAGAAUACCCGAUCAACAAUAUUUUUUAAAAAACCUUUACAACGUUUUGGUUUCUUCAUUAUAUGUAUUUGCAAUUUGUGAUUUAAGAAGUGGACUAGGCACUUUGUUAAUUUCUUCAAUGGGGUCAUAUUUUAUCACAAGAUAUUUAAGAACUCCUAGUAUGCCUUGGAUAAAUUUUUUAUUUUUAAUGGCUCAUAUGUUUUAUAGUCAUGUUCAUUUACAAUUUUUUGCUGAAUACGAUCCAAGAGUAAUUGAUAUAACCGGAGCACAAAUGAUUUUGGUUAUGAAAUUAUCAGCAUUUGGUUGGAGUAUAUACGAUGGUAAACAACCUAAAGAAUCAUUGAAUGAUUACGAUAAAUCAAGAGCAAUUUAUAAACAUCCAAAUUUGUUGCCAUUUAUUGGAUAUGUGUUUUUUUAUAGUUCCUUAUUAACUGGUCCAGCUUUUGAUUAUGCAGAUUAUGAUAAAUUCAUUCAUUCGACUUUAUUUGAUGACGUACCAGAAGAUAAAAGACCAGGUAGAACAAGAAAGAGGAAAAUACCAAGAAGUGGAUUUGAAUCAUUUUCAAAAUUAGUUCAAGGAAUAUUUUGGGCUAUAUUAUUAUUUCAGGCUCCAAAAUACGUUCAAACAGAUUAUAUUUUUGACCAAGCUUUUGUGAAACAACAUGGCUUCUUCUACAGAAUCGUUUAUAUGUAUUUUUUAGGAUUUUCAUACAGAUUAAAAUAUUAUGCUAUUUGGUUAAUUGCAGAAGGAGCAUGUAUUUUGUGUGGAAUCGGUUAUAACGGAAUGGAUCCAGUAACAGGUAAAUUUAAGUGGAAUAGAGUACAAAAUAUAGAUCCAUUAGCAUUCGAAUUUGGUCAAAAUGUUCAUGAAUGUUUAGAAGCAUGGAAUCAAAACACAAACAAAUGGUUAAAAUAUUAUGUUUAUUUAAGAGUUGCUAAAAAGGGUAGAAAACCAGGUUUCAAAAGUACUGUGUUCACAUUUGCAACAAGUGCAUUUUGGCAUGGGACUAGACCUGGCUAUUAUUUAACAUUUGUUUUAGGUGCUUUGUUACAAACUGUUGGUAAAUUUUAUAGAAGAAAUAUCAGACCUUAUUUUCUAGAAGCCAAUGGUAAAACUUCAAAAUCAUCUAAAAAAAUAUAUGAUAUAAUAAGUUGGAUAACUACUCAAAUAGCAUUUGGAUUCUUGGUGCAACCAUUUGUUAUAUUAGAUUUUAAAAAAUCAUUACUUUGCUGGCAAACUGUUGAUUAUUGGUUGCUUGGUGUUACAGCUUUAACAUUUUUCAUAUACACUGGACCAUUUGCAAAAACCUUUAAAUUCAAAGCACCAAAGAAAGCUAAUGAUAGACCAGUCCCAAUAAGAGCAGAUUCUGCUAAAUUAUCAAAAGAAGAAAAAGAAGUGGUAUCAAAUGCAAUUUCAAGUAAAUUAGAAAAAAACUACGAUUCACCAACUUUAGGAUUACCAUCAUUAGAUGUUUUCCAAAAUUUUGAUAAACAUGAAUUAGAUGAAGAUAUUCAUUUAUUAAAUAAAGCUUGGGAUUCUAUUAAAAAAAGACAUUUUUUGGAUGAAGAUGAUUUUGAUGGUUUAAAAGAUGCAUUUAAUAAUUUUACUGAUGAAAUUAAUGAAAUUUUUGAUAGAAAAAAAGAACAAAUUAAAGAAGAAAUUGAAAAAGAAGCUACAAAACAUAAAUUACAAUGA